AAAAUCGCACACACUCUCUUUCUUUCUUUACUUUCUUUCUUUACACCGUUUCAGCCACAUUCAAUUCGAAUCAAUUCAACAAUGGCCGCUGUCGCUUCACCUUCCUCCAGAAACCAAACGCCGUCCUCCUCGCGCUCAUUUUCCUACCCCUUCGCUUCAUACACCUCCGCCAAUUUCGCUCCCGGAGUCUCCCCCAUCGUCCCCACGCGCUUCUCCUCCUCCUUUGGCCACCAUCGGCGUUGUUCUUCCACCUCUUCGCCGCCGUGUCCAGCAUCCGUGAGAUUCUCCUCGGAGCAACCACCAGGCACCCCCGGGCAACGCUCCACGGCGAUAAACAAGAAUCAGAGGAAAACCGACGCGAUAUCAUCUUCGACGUCGAAUCACCAGAGGAGGACGUGCAUGUGUUCCCCUACGACGCACCCUGGCUCCUUCCGCUGCUCCUACCACAAACGCCUUGCCGAACAGCAGCAGCAGCAAACGGCGUUGCUUCAUUGUGCUUCUUCUUCGAGUGGUAACACCCUAAAUCUUCGAAGAUUGGCGAUGCAGAACUCGCUGGUGCGAAUCGGAGGAGUGGAGGGCGAGCUGGUGAAGAGAGCUCUGUGUGCUCUGAUCAGACCCUCCUCCCACAGCCAUCGCCGCCGUGAAGCCUUUCAGCCAAGGCCGAGCCGCCUCUCCGUCAUGUCCAAGGCAGAACAUUACUGA